AUGCAAAACGGCAGCCCCAACGGCCCAUCACCCCAAGAUGAACGCGUAACACCGGUGCCUGUUUAUCCACGUUUCGAAGUUUCGAUCUUGCAAAAACCCUCCGAUUCUGGCCCCUACGAGUCGACCCCUUCCGUGCCGAAAGAUGAGCCAACCGAUGAACAGACAGAUGUCCCGAAUGGUGAGGAAGCUACCCACGAUCUAGAUGGCCCGCCGUCAAAGAAGCGGAGGCUUACAGACACUACUCCGUCGCGCCGCGGCACUCCCCGAGCGCCUUCUCCGCCAUGGAAGAAGCAUGGGGUAGAGGGCCCAACCUCAUUCAUGGUCGAGGGCCGGCGCCGGUCUGGGCGACAGAACACGCUCCCUUUGGAAAUACAACCUCAAUCCGACAAGCGACACACACGCGCCGCGCAACAAUCAUACUCGACAAAAACCACCCGCGGCGCGAAACCGCCCAUGCCUUCACCUCUGGCUGUGACGCAGUCGCGUGCCGAGGCCAACGGUAAGCUUGGUGGCAAAGCAGCUGUUAAUGGGUUACCUCGAACCAAUUCCGCCAAGAGUGUCGCCAGCAAACAACAAAAGGUCUCGCAAUCACCCGCGCCCAAAUCAAAACACUUGCGGGCGGCAUCUCGGAGCUCCGGCACGCAUCGCUCUCGUCCCAGUCUGAACGGUACCAUUCCGCGCCAGCUUCGCGAUCGCGCAUCCCUCUCGAAUACCUCCCCUACGGCUGCCGGCGGCUUAGAUGAUACCGAUAUAAAUGUUGAGGAUGCGGAAGGGUCGCAGGUUGUCCCGCGGAUUCGAAUUAAAGUGAAGAAACCAAUCCUUCCAAUUCGACACCCGGGACAUAUAACCAACAAGAAGUAUGAGUCUUUCAGAGAAUGGGUGGAUCGCGAGGAUGCACCGAAUCUGCUUUCAUCGGAGGAGGCACUGGAGGAAGCUCAGCGGCGUCGUGAAGUCUUGAAUGCAGUUGAGCCUGGUGGUCCAUUGAGCGAGGAAGUUUGUUCGGCAUAUAUUACAGACCAGCAGGAGGAACCGCCGCCUCAGUUUUCGCACCAGGAUCACCUGGUCAACCACGCAUUAUACUUCCAAAAGCUCCUGGAGAAGGAGCACAAGCGUCAUCGACAGACGGCUAAGCUAUUUGCGCAAUGGUGCGCCGAUGCCUACCGCAAGCGCCAUAAGAACCCGGAGGACAUUCUUCGCGAGCAACAAGAGGAGGUUCGUGGAAAGCGCAAGCAUUUGGCCAAGGAUCUUCAAAAAAUGUUUGAUCUGGCGCGGGCCGAGAUUGACCGUAUCCGCUUGGCCCGCUGGGAGGAAGAGCGCAAGGUGCAGGACCAACAGGCUCUUGAUCGGGCCAUCAAGAAAUCUACAGCGCUUUUCGAGAAACGCCGAUCCGAAAUUCUGGGCGAGGUUCCCAGCGAUACUCUUGCCACAAGUGACGAUGAAGACGACAUUGACUCUGGGUCGGAAUCUUCAGAAGACGACGAGAGUAACAUGUCUGACUCAGAAGCCGAAUCUGACGACGAAGCCAAUGUCGACGCUGAUGCUUCUUUGACCGCCGAAGAGCUCCGGUUGAAGUACGCCAAUCUACCAGUUGAGGAUAUAGACCAGAUGUCUGUGACUUCAGCAACCACCAAUCCCAAUGCAAGUGAAGCUGUGCCAGAUGAAACAGAUUCACACGCGGUCUCUGGGGAUGCUCAAUUAGACGAUGUUGAUUCCUUGUUGAUGGAUGAUAGCGAUGAAUCUACCGACAUGGAUGAUGAUAUGGGUGACAGUGAUGAAGGGUCGAGCGAGGAGGUGGAAUCGGAGGAGGAUGAAGAAGAAGAGGAAGAAGAAGAAGAAGCAGAAGAAGAUGGCGGGCCUGGCUUGCUCGGCUUCUUUUCGUCCAAGGACACUGCAGCUCCUGAAGAUGAAGAGGAAGAAGAUGACCAUGAAGUUUUCGAAAUCGAAAAGGACCAAGAAAUCGCCCCUGACGCCGAGGAGAAUAGCGUCGAGGAUUCUGACGAGGUCUCUCUUGUUCCUAAUGGGCUUACACCCAACGAUGGAAACUCAACCGAUGGUACUCUUUUGGAAGCCGUCGAAGCCCUUGAAGAAACCCCCACCGCCACCGAAGAUGCAUCUAUUGUCAAUACCCCCAUAGUCGACACCCCCAUGGAGGAUGCGCCUGUCGAGCCUGCUACGGCUGAAGCUACGGAACCGACUGAGGAAUUUGAGCAGUCCGAGGCUGUUGAUGUCGAGCCUGAGCAUGAAAUCAGGACCGGGGAGGUAUCCAGCGAAGCCUCUCCCGGAACGUUCGCCACCAAACCGUCCGAGCCCGAAUCUGUUUCCUCAUAUGAAGCUCCAAUCGAAAAAGCACUGCAGACCAGCCAUUCACCCGCCCCGGGUUUGAACACUCCAAUUCCACAUCUCCUGCGCGGCACCCUACGUGAGUAUCAGCAUUACGGAUUGGAUUGGUUGGCGGGCCUCUACAAUAAUCAUAUCAACGGCAUCCUGGCAGACGAGAUGGGUCUGGGUAAAACCAUUCAAACCAUUGCUUUGCUCGCACAUCUUGCUGUAGAUCAUGGUGUGUGGGGGCCCCAUCUGGUGGUUGUUCCCACCAGUGUCAUGCUCAAUUGGGAAAUGGAGUUCAAGAAAUGGUGCCCGGGGUUCAAGAUCAUGACUUACUACGGAAAUCAAGAGGAGCGGAAGUUGAAGCGAAAGGGCUGGACCGAUGACAAUACCUGGAACGUGCUCAUCACUUCCUACCAGCUUGUUCUCCAGGAUCAACAGUCUCUUAAGAGGAAAGACUGGCAUUACAUGAUUCUUGACGAAGCGCAUAAUAUCAAGAACUUCCGUUCGCAGAGAUGGCAGGCUCUUCUCACAUUCAAGACCCGGGCUAGGUUGCUUCUGACAGGUACACCGCUUCAGAACAACUUGACUGAAUUGUGGUCUCUGCUGUUCUUCCUGAUGCCCUCCGAUGGCCCUGGCACUGGGGUCGAAGGAUUUGCCGAUUUGAAGGACUUCUCCGAGUGGUUUCGGCGACCAGUGGAGCAGAUCCUCGAGCAUGGAAGAGAGACAAUGGACGACGAGGCUAAGAAGGUGGUCACCAAGCUUCACACUGUUCUCCGUCCCUACCUUCUCCGUCGAUUAAAGGCCGACGUUGAGAAACAGAUGCCCGGCAAGUACGAGCAUGUCGUUUACUGUCGACUUUCCAAGCGUCAGCGCUUCCUAUACGACGGGUUCAUGUCGAUGGCCCAGACAAAGGAGACGCUUGCCUCUGGCAACUUCCUCUCUAUCAUCCACUGUCUCAUGCAGCUCCGUAAGGUCUGCAACCACCCCGAUCUCUUCGAAACGAGACCAAUCUCCACCUCCUUCGCAAUGCCCCGGUCUGUGGCUCUUGAUUACAGAGUCAAGGAGAGCCUUGUCCGACGUCGGCUGCUGUUUGACCAUCCUCUCACCAAAGUUGACCUGGAUUUCCUCAAUCUAGCGCCAAUAUCCAGGGAGGAUAUUUCUCGACGACUCGCCGACGACGGUAUCCGCCUAAUGGCCUUUGGACCGUUCAAAGCCCUCCGUGAGCGUCAAUACCAGCGAACCAACUGGAAGAUGGAAUUUGACGGAUCCAGCAUGGAAAACAUUCUCGAGUCCCUGGAGAACUCUGCCCGGAAAAGGAGAAUGGCCGAGUUGGAACGAUGUCUUUACUUCGAGUCCAAGCGCCACGGUCGCCGCCCUGUAUAUGGUAGCAGCUUGAUCGAGUUCUUGAGAGCCGGCACAAAGGAACACGCUCUUGCCAACGCCCCCUGA